GUGCGUCUCUCAAUGCGAUUCAAAUGCAGGCGAUUCAGUUGAAACCCAUCUUCGACUGCCCGUCCUGGGCAGGGAAGCCUCCCCCAGGACUUCAUUUGGAUGUUGUCAAAGGCGACAAGCUAGUAGAGAAACUGAUUAUUGACGAGAAAAAAUACUACCUCUUUGGAAGAAACCCUGAUAUAUGUGACUUUACCAUUGACCAUCAGUCAUGUUCAAGAGUCCACUCUGCAAUGGUCUAUCACAAACAUUUGAAGAGAAUCUUCAUCAUAGACCUGAACAGCACUCAUGGUACAUUCCUGGGGCAUCUUCGGCUGGAGCCUCACAAACCCCAGCAGGUUCCCAUUGACUCCACGCUGUCGUUUGGAGCUUCAACACGAGCCUACACACUACGAGAAAAACCACAGACAUUGCCAUCGGCAAUCAAAGGUGACGACAUCGUGGAAGACGACGAACUGAAAGGGUUGCUGGGUCUACCUGAAGAAGAGACUGAGCUUGAUAACCUAACUGAAUUUAACACCGCUCAUAACAAAAGAAUAUCUACGCUGACAAUUGAAGAAGGGAACCUUGAGAUCCAGAGGCCAAAACGUAAAAGAAAGAGCUACAGGGUAUCAUUCAGUGAAGAAGAAGAAAUAAUAAAUCCAGAGGACGUUGACCCAUCAGUCGGACGCUUCAGAAAUAUGGUCCAGACAGCUGUAGUUCCACUCAAGAAAAAGAAGACCGAGAGCCCCAGUCCCCUGGGCCUGGACGAUGCCGGGGCCAGACGUAUGCAGAAUUUCCCCUUCAGUGCUGGUUUAUACGGUGGGCUGCCUCCAACUAGCGGUGAUUCAACAUCUCAGACACAUGGCAAUACAAUGGGAACUGCAAUGAUAGGAGGACUGCCCAUGCCAUUCCCCAACCCUGCCCCGGAGGUGGACUUGGCUCCAGCAGUGGUGCCGACAGCUGUGACUAUAAAUGCGGUUCCGAAUGCCGGUGUGUUCAACGCAGAGUCUGUUAAUGAGCCGAAGAAGAAGAAAUACGCCAAGGAGGCCUGGCCUGGCAAGAAGCCAACUCCAUCACUGCUUAUUUGAUUAUCUUUUUUCCUUUUUUUAAAAAAAACACAAAAGUCACGUAGGAUUUGAGGACUGAGAAAGGCUUUCUAUUAAUUCUGUUAAUAGGCCUAAGAUUUAUAUGAGCUUUGUACAGUUGUUUGUACAGUUAUGUAAUAGAUUCACAGCCUUUUCACACUUACUUGUUGCUUUUUAAUCUCUAACCUGUAUUUCAGUGUAAAUUAAGUAUGGCAUUGCCAGUUUGUUGGACUAAAGUCACAUAAACUAUUUUUCUGCC